AUGGAUGAGCUGAAACGUAUCGCUUUCACAGCACCAUUUCGAUAUGAAGAAGCAGUGCAAUACACCGAAACGCUACGUAAUACUGGAAUAUACGUUUCUAUUCUAUACGUGAUUACAAUUUUCUCUAUCAAACUUGUAAUGACUCGAUUUAAACCAUUCCAGCUUACCGCAGCGUUAAACUUUUGGAAUACUUGGUUGGCAGUGUUUAGCGUGUUGGGAUCAUUCUUCACAUCGAUUGCUUUAUUUUCAGAAAUCUACAAUCACGGUCUUGUAGCAUCAUAUACGAAAAUGGGCGAUUUCUUCCAAGGAACCAGUGGCUAUUGGUCAUGGCUGUUUUGUUUAUCGAAAUUUGCAGAGCUUGGUGAUACAAUAUUGAUUGUAUUGCGCAAGAAACCUUUGAUCUUCUUACAUUGGUACCAUCAUGUUUUAACUCUCAACUACGGCAUUAUAUCUUACAGUCAGCAUACACCAUACAACACCUGGAUUAUAUGGUUGAAUUUCACGGUUCAUAGUUUUAUGUACAGUUACUAUUUCCUGCGAUCAAUCCACAUUCGUGUACCGGCAACAAUUGCACGUAACAUUACAUCCAUGCAAAUGCUACAGUUCAUUAUAACGUUGCUUAUCCUUAUGCAUGUUGGCUAUUUGAUGGCUAUUGGUGAAGCUGUUGAUGGAACGCUAAACACAUAUUUGCUGUGUUUGGGCAUGGAAAUUUCUUACGUUAUUCUUUUUGCUAAUUUUUACUAUCAAUCGUAUGUGAAAGGUGGAGGAAAGAAAUUCAAAGAAGAGAAAAUGAUGACGAAAAAAGAUUAG